UCUUAACAGAGAGUCUUCAAAUGUGAUAUAAGACCUUUUCCAAUUGCAAAAAAAGUCGAAUCGUCAAGUCCACUACCCGUUAGAUUCAAUGAUCAUGCCCCCCUUCUCCUCCAGAAAUUUCAAUCAGAGAACCUUCACCUACCUAUGUUUCAGUUGCUGUAUAUCAUGAAAAUCGUCCAACUCCCAAUUAAGCAACAACAAAAACACAGUUAUUAGUUUAUUACCAUGGAACCGAUUCUCAUUUCUCUCUACCUCUCCUUGUUUCUCCACAUCCUCACUCUCCUAGAGGCCGGUCAGUCGCCACCUAUAUACACUCCGCCGGAUGAUAUCACCCUCGACUGUGGCAAUUUGGGGCAACACUCGAAUAGCUAUGACCCCAGGAUUUGGAGUGGAGACAUCAACUCAACAUUUUCCCCCAAACAAGAUGGUGACAGUAACGCCACAUCCCAAUUCAGAAAAGCACCUCCGUCGUUAUCACAAUCCGCCAGCCAAGUCCCUUACACCACUGCCCGCCUUUCUUACUCGGAAUUCACUUACAGAAUUCCUCUUUCUCCCGGGAAAAAGUUCAUCCGCUUGCAUUUCAACCCGGCUUCAUACCCAGACUUCCACAUCUCCAACUCCCUCUUCUCUGUCACAGCUAGCCACUCCAUCCGCGGCUACAUCCUCCUCAAAGACUUCAGAGCUUACAUCACUGCCGACGAUGCUUACAGGGAGAUGCCGCUCAUGAGAGAAUUCUGCGUCAACAUAGAGACACAACAUAGUUUGAACAUCACAUUCAGUCCCAGCAAAGAUGCAUACGCUUUCAUCAAUGGGAUUGAAAUCGUGUCUAUGCCGUCCAAAAUUUACACCACUUCAGUUCUUUCCAUCGGCAGUGAUAGCCCUUAUUCAUUCGAAAGCAGAAUAGCUCUGGACAUGGUGUACCGAAUCAACAUAGGCGGAAAGCCAAUCAACACUACUGAAGACACCGGAAUGUACCGGAAAUGGGACGCUGCCGACGACAUGUAUUUGGAUGGUUUUAGUAAAAAAUACAGCGUGCUAGCACAGAACAAUACAGUUGAGCUCAAUUUUGUCGAAACUCCAGAGUACUCUGCUCCAAAAGAAGUUUACAAUACAGGUCGGUCCCUGUGGAUGAACAACACUAUCAACAAGAGUUACAAUCUCACUUGGUCAUUUCCUGUAGACUCUAGCUUCUCCUACCUGGUUAGAUUGCAUUUUUGUGAGUUUGAGUCUGACGUUACCAAGAGCGGAGAGAGGACAUUUGUAAUUUACUUAGCCAAUCAAACUGCUGAACAAGGAGCAGACGUAAUUCUAUGGAGUGGUGGAAAUGGGAUACCAACACUCAGAGACUACACCUUGCUCAUGUUGGGCCCUGGAAGCCAGAAAAAAGUUAAUCUCUCUAUUGCAUUGCAAGCAUCACGAGUAGAUGGGUCAACCGAAUACAAGGAUGCAAUGUUGAAUGGACUCGAAAUCUUCAAGCUAAUUUACCCAAAAGGUGAUCUCAAAACCAACCCAGACCCAACAAUGACACCGCAUGGUAAAUCGUUUCCUGUGCUUGCCCUCGUUGCUGGUGUAGUUUCCAGCAUACUUGUGUUCUCUGUCCUCGGAUACUUUGUUUUCAGGAAAAGAUGGAAAGUCAAGGACCCUGACUACAGGAUAAGGAAGUUCACGACGACCCCUGGGUCAUCAUAUCCGUGUCGCUACUUUUCACUGGCAGAGAUCAAAGCCGCCACCAAAAACUUCAGUGAUGCUUUUAUCAUUGGAGGUGGAGGUUUUGGUAAUGUAUAUAAAGGAUGCAUUGAUGGUGGUGCCACUCCAGUUGCAAUCAAACGGCUGAAACCAGAAUCAUCCCAAGGUGUCCAUGAGUUUGAGACUGAAAUUGAGAUGCUCUCCCAACUCCGUCAUCGCCAUUUGGUUCCACUCAUUGGAUGUUGUACUGAUAAAGGAGAGAUGAUCUUAGUGUAUGAUUACAUGGCACAAGGGACCCUCCGUGACCAUCUCUACCACACUAAUACUCCACCUCUUCUUUGGGAACAACGGCUUCAGAUUUGUAUUGGUGCAGCUAGAGGAUUGCAGUACCUCCAUAGUGGUGUGAAGGGCACCAUCAUUCACCGAGAUGUGAAGAGCACAAACAUCUUAUUGGAUGACAACUGGGUGGCCAAAGUUUCAGAUUUUGGGCUGUCCAAAGGCACAACAAACAUGGCCAAAACCCACAUCAGCACGAUUGUGAAAGGCAGUUUCGGGUAUCUGGAUCCAGAAUACUACCGACGACAACAUCUGACUGAGAAGUCAGACGUCUACUCAUUUGGUGUAGUUCUGUGCGAAGUAUUAUGUGCAAGGCCAGCAGUGAUACAUACAGAAGAGCUGAGGCAAGCCAGCCUGGCUGAGUGGGCCAAGAGCUGUCAUCAGAACGGAGAACUUGAUCAAAUCAUUGAUCCAAGUUUGAGAGGUAAGAUUGCAGCCGGCUGCUUGAAUAUAUUCUCUGAUGUAGCCAUCAGUUGCAUGCAUGAUGAUGGGACCGAACGGCCAUCCAUGAAUGAUGUUGUAAGAGGGCUUGAGCUUGCUUUGGACCUUCAACCGAGCGCAGAGGGGAACAUCAACUGCACUGAAAGGACUGGUAAAACUGAAACAAACAGUAGUGAGCAAAGUUGUGCAAACAACAAUUCCAUUAUAUGCAUAUCUGGGACAAUCUUUUCUGAGAUCAACAACCCAAGUGGGAGGUGAGACUGUUACCUACAAUUUUCUCCGGAAUACAACCAGUUGUAAGGUAAGAAAUAUGCUACGUCUAAUACUUCAAUGAAUGUAAACCCAGCAAUGCAAUAUCAGUUGAAGUGAGUAUUCAAAUCAGAUAACAGUGCAUUCUAAAUUAUCAUCCUUUGCAAAAUUCCCACAAGUAUCACCAAUGUAUAGAAUUUCAGAAGCGACUAUUUCCAGUCAAGUGAAACAGAAAUGUCUGAUGAUAUGAGCACUCAAAUAAUCAUAUAGAAAGGAUAAAAUGGUAAUGCCUUUGUAAUUGCACAAAAUUUCAGUAUAAAUAUCAAAAUGAACAUUAUGGGAAGCAUAAGAACCAGAACCCGAAGAACAUUGCAUGAUACUAAAUUAACAUCACUUGCAAAAGAUGUAGUAAAUCGCCCGAAAUCUCAAUUCCUAUUCUAAAACGAGCAAAAAAAACAUUAACUUCUGCUUUUGGAAGUGAAAAAGAAUACAAGGAGUAUAACCUGCACAUCUCUGAAGUGAUACAGAACAAAGCUAGAGACUUCGAAUUCCUAGAGAUCACCCAUGUUACCAUAAACUGUAUCUGGGUAGGACUUGGGGCUUCCAUGCGGACCAUGCGGUGGCGUUUUGAUGGGAAUUGGGAAUUGGAGUAUUAAGUCAAUCGAGAUUUGGGGUUUUAAACUGAGCAAUUUGGGAGCCAACCAGGUUGGCUUCGGGUUCGAGUUCCAAGCAGUUCUUAUCAACUCCGAAUUUCAGAUGGGCCGUCAUAAUAAGUAUUUUCUGAAAAGCUUAUUACAAGGAAAUUGAUGAUAAGGGACAUUGAACUAUAUUUUUUUAGUUACACGAGAGAAGAUCAACUCGAUCUAACAUAGUCCCAACUCCCAACUCCCAUGAAUCAUUUUCAGUUUCAGUCUUUAUU